AUGUCAAGCUCAACCUCCAGCACCACCUCGACCCCCGAGCACCUCGCCAAUCUCACCCGGGCGGAGCUCGAAAAGCGCCAUGACGACCUCAUGACUGGCCACAACCGCCUGCUCAAAGCUAUUCAGGACGACUACCCCGAGUUCCAGCGCCAUGUCCACGAGAACCUCCCGAUCCGCCCCAUGACAAAGACGAGGAGUCGGUUGUUGGCGCAGAGCAAGGCGGUAAUGAGUGAGCUGCUAAGGGUGCAGACCGAGAUAGAGAGGAGAGCGAGGCCAAACAGGCGUAUGGCGUGA